UUGCAACAGCAAACCCGGCAGCAGGGAUGCACCAUGUGCAAUGCGAAGGGGGAGGAGGGGACGAUGCAUUUGCAGCGGGGAGGCAGAGGGGGGUGGAGAGAGCCAGCCAAGCGGCUCAGGUGGCUCCGCUUCCCCCCUCCCUCACCAAACCUGGCCAGCCGGCUCUCUGCCUUGCACGGGGAAGCCGACCCGUGCAGGUAAAAGGGGGUGUACGGAGGUGGCUGGUGCAAUGCCCCCGGCUCAUUGCGAGGCGCAGAUUGUACCAUCUGCUGGGGCUCCCCCUGCCCGGGCACUGCGGCGGAUUCUCGUGCCUCUUGCAACAGCAGCCAGUUAAUAACAACAUUAUUCCAGGCUGGGGAUCUGCUAGAUCCUUGACAUCGGAGGGGAGGGGGAGGGGGAGAGGCGCAGGACCAGCCCAUCAUGUCGGUCGCCUUUGCUUCUGCUCGACCCAGAGUCAAAGGAGAGGUCACCCAGCAAACUAUCCAGAAGAUGUUGGAUGAGAACCACCACCUAAUACAGUGUAUUAUGGACUAUCAAAGCAAAGGCAAAACAGCAGAAUGUACUCAAUAUCAACAAAUCUUGCACAGAAACCUGGUUUACUUGGCAACGAUAGCAGAUUCUAACCAGAAUAUGCAAUCCCUGCUUCCAGCGCCGCCGACGCAAAACAUGAACUUGGGCCCAGGCGGAAUGAAUCAGAGCGCGUCGAACCAGACUCUCCAUUCACAGAGCAACCUGAGCGAUGCCAUCGGCACGGGCCUCCCUCCGUCCUCCCUCAUACAGAGUCAGAUUAGCAAUGGUCCCAAUCACGUGUCUAUGCAACAGUCUGGACAGAGCACCAUGCCCACCACUUCCUUGAGCAUGACGGUCAGCAGCCACGGAAGUGGGCCUGGCUACAGCCACGCAGUGCCUGCAUCCCAGAAUGUACCAAUGCAGAGCCAGGGGUCCAUCGGCAACUACGUCUCGCGAACAAAUAUCAACAUGCAGUCAAAUCCUGUUUCCAUGAUGCACCAGCAAGCAGCCACGUCGCAUUACAACUCUGCACAAGGAGGGAGCCAGCAUUACCAAGGCCAGUCUUCCAUCGCCAUGAUGAGCCAGAGUAACCAAGGCAACAGCAUGAUGGGCCAGCGACCAAUGGGCCCCUACCGGCCCUCACAACAAGGUUCCUCUCAGCAGUACAUGGGCCAGGAGGAAUAUUACAGCGAGCAAUACAGUCACGGGCAGAGUUCUUCCGAGCCCUUGAAUCAGCAAUACUAUCCUGACGGUCACAGUGACUACGCCUAUCAACAGUCGUCUUAUUCGGAGCAAACCUAUGACCGGUCGUUCGAGGAUUCCACACAGCACUACUACGAGGGAGGAAAUUCCCAGUACAGCCAGCAGCAAACCGGCUACCAACAGGGGGCUGCACAACAGCAGACGUACACACAGCAGCAGUACCCAAAUCAACAAAGCUAUCCCGGGCAACAGCAAGCGUACGGUCCUACCCAAGGGGCCUCUUCUCAAUAUUCCAGCUACCAACAGGGCCAAGGACAACAGUAUGGAAGUUACAGAGCAUCACAGACUGGACCAGCUGCACAGCAACAGAGGCCUUAUGGCUAUGAGCAGGGCCAGUAUGGAAACUAUCAGCAAUAAAAGAAGAAGAAGGAAAAAUACAUGUUGGAUUUGUCCCAAUAUUUAUGUCCGUCUUUUGAACUUGGAUGUACGGACAGUUUUUGAUUACUUGUAAUAUGUUGGUUACCCCUUAGCACAAAGGACCAUCUGUAUGUGACCUAGUAUUCAUUUCAUGCUGGUUAUGAAGCAACUCACUACUGGUAACAAGGCCAUGCUUUACUGGUUUGAUAUAUUUUUUGGUGCUGUGUAUAGUAUUGUACGUUGGUACAAUGCAGAGGCUCUCCCUCCCAAUUCCCCGUUAAUGUUUUUAAAUAGCUUUAGAGGUCAUCAAAAUGAUGUCCCUAGCCCCCUGCCCCUUUUGGUAAAAGAAAAAAAAAGAUUACUAUAUUGUGCAAUACACCAGACAUGUAAAAUGGUGGCAUCUUCAUUCAUCGGUCGUUUGGGGAUUAGUUUGUGAAUGUGAAACGUCAGACCAGAUGCAUAGUUUUGUAGAUGCUUGCCUCUGAAACCCAUAGAUUUUAAAUGGGCCACAUUAAGAAUCGGAUCAUCUUCUUUUGCUUUGGGUUUAUAUUGUGAAUCGCGCAUAACAGGUUUAUGUUUGUUUAGUUGCUUUCUACCCCACCUUUUAACCCAAAAGGCUCUCCAAAGGUGGCUUAUGCUGACCGCUGGCAUGGUGUGGUGAUUAGAGUGUUGCACUACGAUCUGGGAGACCUGGUUUUGAAUCUCUGUUCUGCCUUGAAAGCUUGCUGGGUGACCGUAAGCCAGUUGUCCAUUCCCAGGCCCCUUCCGCACAUGCAGAAUAAUGCACUUUCAAUC